AUGGGGGUUUCGCCUUCUCUUAAAUUUUGUCUCAAGGCUUCCUUGGUGUCCCUCUUACUCGGCAUUUGCCAGCCCAGUAUCGCCCUUCCUCAUGACUCCAGUCCUUAUGGUUGGGCAUCUGCUGCCGGUAAUGAUGACUCUUCCACAAGGAGUCCUCUUCGAGGUGACUCGGCUCUCCUGGGCGUUGUCCAGAAUGAAGUGAAUCCCGAAAAUAGCGCCGCGGUUCCUGAGUCUGAAUAUCAGCUCGCUCCUGGUCAAGCUGCCGAUGCAGAUUUAGGGAUACCUUUUACCUUCGAUAAUGUCGCCCACCCCCAGCCUGUCCGAGGUGACCUUGGCUCCACAGACCCCGGUCCUCGAACAUACGCAUAUGACCGCCUGAAUCCUAGUACCUUUGCACCACCAGGAUCAGAUAGCGGUGAAGUGACACAGGGCAAGUGGCCACUAGGCCUGUCUCACAAUCGUAUCCUCCCAGGUCACGCAGGUUGGUCUCGGCAAGAGAACACCGACGUUCUCCCCGGAGCAACGACUAUGGCAGGAGUGGACAUGAAAUUAGCACCCUGGGCAUACAGAGAGCUGCACUGGCACCAAGCAAAUGAGUGGAGCAUCAUCCUGAAUGGGAGUGUCCGAGUCCAGGCAAUGAACGAAGACGGCCAAACUUUUACGGACGAUUUAACUGCCGGUGACGUCUGGUACUUUCCAUCAGGAGUACCUCAUUCCCUUCAAGCACUAGAUGAAGGAGCCGAGUUCAUGCUUGUUUUCGACCAAGGCGACUUCAGUGAUGAGGGUACAGGUUUAAUCACCGAGAUGUUUCUGCGCAACCCAAAGGAGGUUCUGUCAAAAAACUUUCAGGCUCCUGUUUCAGAUUUUGAUGACCUUCCACAAGACCAAUUGUACAUUUUCAAUGGGACGCCCGCGCCGAAGGACGUUAAACAGCAAACUGUUAUAGGGCCCGGUGGUGUGCUCUCUGGCGAUCAGAGCUAUACCUAUCAUUUGUCUAAACAGGAGGCAUAUGAGACACCUGGUGGAAGCAUCAAGAUCAUCGACCCUGUGAGCUUUCCAAUUGCCAAAAUGUUCAGCGCGGCCCUCGUUACGAUCAAACCGGGUGCGAUGCGGGAAAUUCAUUGGCAUGGUACCAGUGACGAAUGGGGCUUUUUUCUUGCCGGGCAGGCGAGGGUCAGUGUUUAUGAAGCACCUUCAGCCGGAGCAAGCAUAGAUUUCUCUGCAGGUGACAUUAGCUAUGUCAAGGCAACGGCAUCACACUAUAUUGAAAACACUGGCAUCGAGGAUGUUGUUUUUCUGGAGAUGCUUCAAGCACCUCGCUUCUCUGAUAUCUCAGUUGGUCAGUGGUUGAAGCUCACACCGAAACAGAUUGUCAAGGAUACUCUGCAUCUGCCGGACAGUCUGUUGGAUAAUCUUUCCCCUAAUAAGCAAUAUGUUGUGCAAGGGAAUCGAAAUCUGACAGCAGUUGCGGAUGGAUCUGAUAUUGCAUGA